AUGCCAAACAUAACCAUUCUAGGUGCCGGAAUCACCGGCCUCACAAUCGCGAGUCAGCUACCCAGGGGUUACGACGUGACGAUUGUUGCCCGCAACCUUCCCAAUGACCCGGAAUCGCAGGAGUGGGCCAGCCCUUGGGCAGGCGCUGUGUUCAUGGGCAUGAUUCCCUCCACACCGCGGGAACAAAAGAUGCAGCUGGAUGCCUUCUGGACAUGGUGGAAGCUGGCUCUGGAGCAUCCAGAGUCCAGUGUCCGAAGAGUUGACAUGUAUGACGUCGUCGAUGGUUCAUCUGAAGACCAAGUUUGGUACGCCAACCAGCUGCCUGACUACAGAGUCUUGUCGAAAGAUGAGCUGCCCAGCGGUGCCUCAUUUGGCAUGGCGUACAAAUCCAUCAUUAUCACGCCGUCAAUCUAUCUUGCAUGGGCCAGAAAGCGCUUAGAAGCGACGGGUGUCAACUUUCAGCGCCUUAACGUCAACUCGCUUUCUGAUCUCCGCGGAAUGGGUCACGAUCUCUUAAUCAACUGCACGGGUGUGGGAGCCCGAUAUCUCACAGACGUGGCAGAUAUCGACAUGCAAGAAGUUCGAGGCCAGACAAUACUCGUCAAGUCGGACUUCAAUAAGAUCUGGAUCCGUCGAGGCAAAGAUUAUACAUAUGCGCUGGGAAGACCUGACGGCACUGCCAUAUUGGGAGGCUUGAAAACCUUCGACAGCGUUAACACCAAGGUCGACGACGCUCUGCGCACAAACAUUCUACAGAGAGUACAUGAAAACUUGCCCAAGGACUUCCCUCCUCCAGAACGUGCCAGAGCCAGCAUUUUGCGAGAUAUUGUUGGCAUCCGCCCUCAGAGAAAGACCGGCACCAGGGUCGAGCAAGCAGUCGUCAGAGGUCAACAGGUGGUGCAUGCAUACGGCCCUCAAGGUGGUGGCUAUAUCUUUAGCUUCGGGCUUGCAAACGAGGUGGUCAACCUUGUUGAGCGUUACGUAUCAGGCGAGCACACCCCUGCGACUCAGUUGAGGGCAAAUCUGUAG